GGGCCUGGGGCGGGGGCGGGGCCUGCGCUCACUUCCGCCCGGCGCGCGGGCUCGGAUGGAAGCGGCGCGGAGGCCGCGGCUGGGGCUGAGCCGCCGGAGGCCGCCCCCAGCGGGCGGGCCUUCUGGCGGCCGCCCCUGGUUUCUUCUGGGGGGUGAUGAGCGGGAGCGGCUCUGGGCCGAGCUGCUGCGCACGGUGAGCCCAGAGCUCACCCUGGACCACGAGGUGCCUCCACUGCCCGCCUUCCCUGGACAGGAGCCCAGGUGCGGCCCGGAGCCCACUGAAGCCUUCACUGUCGGACCCAAGACCUUUUCCUGGACGCCCUUUCCACCAGACCUGUGGAGCCCGGGCCGCUCCUACCGGCUGCUUCGCGGGGCAGGAGGGCACCUGGAGUCCCCCGCCAGGUCCCUGCCCCAGCGCCCGGCACCUGAUCCCUGCAGGGCCCCCAGAGUGGAGCAGCAGCCGUCCGUGGAGGGUACCGCCCUGCGCAGCUGCCCCAUGUGCCAGAAAGAGUUCGGCCCCAGGCUGACCCAGCUGGAUGUUGACAGCCACCUGGCCCAGUGCUUGGCGGAAAGCACAGAAGACGUGAUGUGGGCAGAUUCACUGCAGUGAAAUCAGAACCGGACACAGCCCCAGGCGGGCACUUACACUCCCGCCCCCACCUGUGUCCUGCUGGCUCCUAACCUGCCCCCCUCCAUGUGGCUGUAUCGGAGACGUGGGGCAGGCGCCACUCACGGAAAAAAGGCAUCAGAGGGGCUUCCACAUCAUCGGAACUUUUAUUCCUCAGGACGCUACACGCUCCCUUUCCUGGCGGGGCAGGUCAGUGCAUCGAGUUCUGUUUCCGUGGAAAAUGUGCACCUUGGAAACUGCAUGACAGCCCCUCAGCAGGGUCCCCGCGGCCACCGCGACACAGGCUCAGCAGCAAGUUCCUCCAGCACGAAGCUGGCCUGCCCGGGCCCAGGUGUGAGGGACCGUUCUGCUCCCAGCAGCGCCUGCCGACGCUUCCCUCCGUGGUCUCGGCGCAAGCGUCUGUCCCUGGCUGCCCUCGGAGCCGUGCCCAGCCUGGCAUGCAUAUGCGGUGGUUAAGGAUACAGUUAAAGGGUCAAUCACGCAUGUCCACGACAGAGACGCAGCGGCCUCACACCGACUCCUCGGUGGACAGCAGUAAUGGGUUGAUGUACUCGAAGCCUUCGAACUCCGACUGGUCGAUCCUCUUUAUGGCAUCCCUGUGGGCAAAGGCGGCAGGGGGCGGGGGGGAUGACCUGUGUUCAUUCCCUCUGGGGAGGGGAGUCACAUUCGCAAAAGAAUCCUCCCCCAACGCCCACCGGAGAGAGGACGCCAGGCGGGCAGGACUCAAGGGCAGGCCGGGUCACCAGCCGCCCAAGGUGCCGGCCUGCCAUGGGGCUGCCCGGAGGGGGGGGUGCUCCGGGGUCCCCGCACCCAGUGGGACUUACUCAUCGUCUGGGGUCAGCUGCACGGGCUCGCUGGUGAACUGUGUGUCAAAGUUGUCCAGACCGUAGUCGUCCGUGAUCUGUGGCUGGAAUGGAGGGAGCGCCUGCUUCUUCUCCAGCUUGGAAAAACAAGGCAAGAAGGGUCAGCUCCGCGCGGGCAUCAUCCCUACCAGAUUGAGAGUUCCGCAUGCACUUGAAUCACAGAAUGAAACACUGAGAAACUCAGCAUUUCAAUCUGCCUA